AUGAAUUUGCUUACGUAUUUAGGCAUUUAUGCGCUGCCUGUUAAUCCGAGCCACGCACGACAAGUACACAAAGCAAACAUCCAUAUUAAGAUCCAGUUUAGGAUUUCUGUUUAUAAUAAUGAUUAUCCAAUUCGUGGCCUUUUAGCUCGUUCUGAUAAAAAAUCUAAAGGAUCUCCACCACCAGGAAUGCCUGGUUCACAAAAUACUAACAUUACUGAUACACGUUAUCAAAUAAUUAAAAGAAUUCUUUACGAAACACCUAAGCCUGAACUUCCUAAAAUGACAGAACAAGAUCUCGAAAGACAUCAAACCAUCGAUCGAGCAUGGAAAUUGUUCUUACGUAAUCAACAAGAGAAAAGGGAAAAUGAAUUAGCAGCAAAAUAUCGAAUGUUAAAUGAAGCGAAUAUUGAACUUGGAAAAUUAGAACCUAGAUUAUUUAAUAGCGCACAAAUGGGAAAUAAAAUUAUGUUUCCUAGGCAAAUGAAAAUUCCUACAGAAACUCCUCCAUUAACUGGAUGGAAUUAUGAUUAUAAACCUCCAAAUCCUAAAAAAUCAUAA